UGCCGCGGAUCACAGUCGAUCGAGUGAACGGGGCGAAGACGCACGCGCGCUCAAAGCGAAAGUAAACAGCCACGCGUGUAUGCGGUGCGCAUUAUCGUGUUGUGUCACCCGUGUGGGAUAUUGCUGAAUUGGUUACAUUUAGCGGAGAAGCAUCACUUGCAUAGUGUGUAGUGAAAAUAUAUUUAGAAAAAUGAACGGAUCAGUGGCUCACGUUGCAGUAAGUUCACAAAGAGACGCAACGACAAACUUCAAGCGAUCGUCCUAACACGAACCAAAUGCCAACGGCAGCUCACCUUUGCGGUGGCCUUCGUAAAGAUAAAGAAGUUAGAAAACGUCCAUAGAAGGCUAUGAUCAUACAGUGUGUUUGUGCGCGCCUAGAAUCGCAGUUUCCACCAGUGUGCCCCGAUUGUGUCAGCCCGUACACGAAUAGUUUGUGAAAAGUGGUCGAACCACCACCAAGCGUUGGGUGGAAUUUAAAGCCUGCAAAACCUAUUUGUUGCGCCCUACUCCCCAUCCUCAGCAUUCGCGACCUGUGCUUGUGUUUAGAAAGAGAUCUCGUUUAGGCGGUUCGGUUUCGGAGUGGAGCAUACAUUUUCGUUGCUGUCGGUGCUGUGAAUUUGGCGUGUACCUACCUACCAGCAGCACGCGCGCUCGCCCUGGUGCUGUUUUGUUGUUUUACCGGUUUUCUGUGCUCAAGUGUGCCCACGACAACUUCUCGGCUCCAAUUAUAACGGCCAAAACCGCGACCUCCGCAGUGUGUGCGUCCGUUGUUACCACGGGCGACGGUGGCUUAUCUUCUCCAUUCUCCCUAUGGGGCAUGUCGGUUGGCAGUAGGGCCUUUGUGGAGCGUAAAGCGUGCAAGGCAGUAGGCGUUGUUCAAAAUUGUCAUCCAAGAGUUGGUGAAGGUGCGGUGUGAACAAAACGGUGGAUAUUUGGAUCACUUUCUUUCACUGGGGUGCGGUAGAAGUUACUUGGAGUGUGUAUUAAGGCACGAAAAGAAGAAACAAUUCGCAGCACGAAUGAGGUACCAGCGAUAGUUCUCAAACCCCCCACCCCAAUUGUCAACGCCAUCAUCGAACGCAAAAUGCAGUUCCAAUACAGGUAAAUUUGCAUCUCCAAAAGUGUGUGUACAUCAUGCCGUCAGGAUUAAGACCAACCACCAACUAUCGAUUUCAGUUACUCUACACAUGUCUAGUCGUUGGACAGCUGGUUGCCAUAGGAUAUGGCGCCGAGACGGCAGGUAUCGCUGGAGGAGGAACGCCAUCCAGCAACAAUCUUACGUCCGCUAGUCAACCUGCAGCGUCAGCACCGUACGCCUACCAAAGACCAUUGUCGGGGACUCCUCGCCUUUCUUCUAGUUUUAGCAGUAAUCCUACUACCACCACCAUUACACCUGACUCCACCACCAUUAGCAGUAGCAAUCGAACAAAAGACGACAUGGCUCAGAAUGCGCAGGAUGCGUUCGGAACGGCCUGGACCGCACGGAAGUUUGUCAACAAACCAACGUACGAUCGGAAGACGGCGUAUGGUAAGCGCUUCGAAGGUGCGCUACAACCGCGCACCCGCGAUCUGGGCGACUGGCGCUGUCCGAACGUUACCGAGGGCACUAAUCUAGAGUGUAGCUGCGACCUACCGCACACGCUGCGUUGUAGCGGGGAUCUGCACGGGCUGGAGGUGAUAGCGGACAGCUUACGACGAUCCCCGUACGAAGUGUCACUGCUGGACUGUACGCUCAAAAACGUGACUAGCAUCAGUGAUGCAAACAUCUUUCAAAACGUCUCCCUGCAGGGGUUAGUGAUCUCGUCCGGAGCGAUAAAGCGAGUACACCGGCAGGCGUUUGCCGGCAUUCGGACGCCACUGCAAGCGCUCGGACUACCCAACAAUGCUCUCGAAAGUGUCCCGAUGCAGUCCCUCGGAGCGGUUGGGCAACUGGAUCGCUUGGACCUUUCGUUCAACAAGAUCAAAGCGCUCCAGAAUGGUGAUUUCUUGGCAGUGCCCAAACUCUCCUACCUAGAGCUGAGCAGCAAUCAGAUCUCACUGAUCGCUCCAAAGAGCCUGGUGCCGCUGAAGAAUCUGCUCCACCUCAAGCUAAACGGCAAUCAGCUGGGAGAGUCACCCGAAAGCCUUAAAGCGCUCGCCUCUUGCUUCAGUCUCAAGGAGCUGCAUCUACAUUCGAAUCGAAUACGAGGACCUUUGAACAACACUACGCUGCCUCGGAUACGCGGGCUGGAGAUCCUGUACCUGGACAAAAACUCCAUCUCCAGCAUCCACAAUGGUGCGUUGGAGACAUACCCAUACCUGCAGAUGCUUUCGCUGCGCAGCAAUCAGAUCGAUGUACUGGAAGAUCAUGCGUUUUCGGGCCUAGCCUCGCUGCAGAUGCUCGAUCUGGGCCAUAAUGGCAUCGUUACCAUUUCGGAUGCAUCUCUCAAGCAUCUGCCGCGGCUUAUCAUUCUCGACCUUACGCACAACUUCCUGCGCGCACUGACGGCAGACGUUGUAGCCCCGCUACCUGCCCUGAAGGAACUCCGGCUGGAUGGUAACGAUAUCUCGCUGAUCGCGGAAGACGCAUUGGUCAAUGCGACUCAGCUGCACAGUCUCUCACUGGAAAGUAAUCCACUUGUGUGUGAUUGUACGAUGAAACCAUUCCUCCACUGGCUGGCUGGUACUCGUCCUGCCUCGCAAGGUAUUCUCGGAGCAAUCUGUGCCACACCGCCGUAUCUGGAGGGGGCCGACCUACUGCAACUCGCACCGGACACGCUUACCUGUGGCGAGGGUGGAAACAAACAGCAGACCGAUCAUGAUACGUUCCAGACGAUUGAGGUAAUGCUGAAGCUAAAGAACAACGCGUCGUAUGUGCGAGACGUUGGAUCGGAGGUCCGAUUGCGUGAGGUCAAUUUUACAGACGAAAGUGACAUCUACUUGAGUUGGCUUCUGGGCACGGAUGAUUAUUCCUGUCGGUUUGUGUACGUCUUUCACACCGAUGAUCCUGAGACGAUACUGUACAACUCGGAGGUUUCGUGUAUAGUGAAACCGGAAGAACCUGUGACAUCAUUGGAAUAUACCUACAAUGCCAAGCUGCUAGGGGCGUACGAUUUGCAGAGUAAUGUUAGUUACAAAUUUUGCCUCAUCAUGAAGGAGGACAUCUCCAAGGACGAAUAUCUCGGCGUGUGUCAAGUGGCCACUCUGCCCCGGCCCCACAUCAACACAGUGAAGCGAAAGUCGAUAAAGAAGGAGCUGCAAAUCAGCACCCGUCAGACGAACGAGUCGGACAUUUCGGACUUUGAUCGCAUUUCCUCCGACUUCCGGCAUGAUUCCGAUCGGGAUGAGCUACUCAAAGGCAACAGUGAAGAUGACGAAGAAGACGCACCCGACCAAACCAACCAGGGAAGUGAUCGUAUCGAUCAUCGCGUGCCGGAUCCGCUCGACUACAGCGACAACAACAGCGAUGCGGACGGUGACAGUGACGAUGACAACGAUGACAACGUGGACGAUGAUGGCGAUGAAAGUGUUGGCGUACUGUCGAACCACAUUCGCGACGAUCCCGACUUUCGGCAGCUACAGCUGGCGGCCGAAGCGGAAGUCGCACGGCUACCCUCCGUACACGGUGGACGCGUGCUGCUCGAGGGUCUCGGGACGAUCAUUAUCAUCACCAGUCUGGUAGCGUUCGUGUGGGGUCUGGUACGGUUUAAGGGUGAACAUCGGCAUCUACCAUCGAUGGCAAGCUGUUACGCGGUGGACGAGCGAAGGCGUAACCCGCACCAGGAGGUGGAGAGUCGUAGUCGGUACUUUAAGCUGCAAGCAACGACCAGUCUGUGAGUGGGGCGUAGUACCGAGGUUGUUGUUUUGGAUCGAUUUUUUCGCGCACUGCGAACAAAUUAUGUAAAUUGCUGUACAUAGGGAUUUCAACCGUGUGGAGUCGGUUAAGGCAAAGGAUGUUAUUUAUGAUAGUCGGUAAGUUCAGUAGACGGAAAAUGUGACCUUAGUGGCGUAGGUGUGUUCAUGUUCGCGUUGGGAGGGAAAGCGUAAAAGCGUUCUGUUGUAUUUUACUCUUCAUUCUACUAACCGUAUUGUGCCAUGUGUGUAUGUAAAGUUGUUGGGAAGCGUAAAUUUGCGAAUUUGUUAGCAAAAGGUGUACGAAAUAAAGAGGCAAAAUGUUUGGUUUUUAACGUAAAA